AUGUACCCAUUUCAGACAAUACUAAUAGGGCUGAGUGAAACAGGUAGGCAAAAAUCAAAUGAUCGAAAUUUUGACGCAUGGAUAGGGAAAAAGAGGGUCGUGUGUGUAUUUUUUUUGAUAGGAAUCAUCCAGGGGUCUCCCGUGGUGAUCCUUGAUUCUCAAUUUAAAGUUUGCGAGGCAGCUUUAUCACAAAUUUUUCGCAUCGGAACACUUUUCCGUCGCUUGUGGGCUAUUUCUUGCAACAACUCUCAGAUACGCGAGUCCUUCCUUGUAUUUCAAAAGGUAAACAGUCCUGAUUGCCAUUGA